CGCUGUCCGAGCCGCUGCCGCCACCGCCGCCGCCGAGCCGUGCGGGGCCAGGCCGCGCCCUCCCCGGGCGCCCGCCGGCUCGCAUGCCGAGGGGCUCCGGGGCGUAGCUGCGCGCCCGGCGCCGCCUCCGGGCUCCCCCGGCCCCGCGAUGGGCUGCUGCAGCUCCGCCUCCUCCGCCGCGCAGAGCUCCAAACGAGAAUGGAAGCCACUAGAAGAUCGUAGCUGCACAGACAUACCGUGGCUGCUGCUUUUUAUCCUCUUCUGCGUUGGGAUGGGAUUUAUUUGUGGCUUUUCAGUAGCAACAGGUGCAGCAGCGAGACUAGUGUCAGGAUACGACAGCUAUGGAAAUAUCUGUGGGCAGAAAAAUGCAAAGUUGGAAUCAAUACCAAACAGUGGCAUGGACCACACCCAUCGGAAGUAUGUAUUCUUUUUGGAUCCAUGCAAUCUGGACUUGAUAAACCGGAAGAUCAAGUCUGAAGCUCUGUGCGUAGCAGCAUGUCCAAGGCAAGAACUGAAAACCCUGAGUGAUGUUCAGAAGUUUGCAGAGAUGAAUGGCUCAGCACUCUGUCGCUACAACCUAAAGAUUUCUGAAUACACAUCUUCAAAAGCUUCUCCUCUUUGCCCCAAACUACCAGUUCCAGCGAGUGCACCUAUUCCAUUCUUCCAUCGCUGUGCUCCUGUGAACAUUUCCUGCUAUGCCAAGUUUGCAGAGGCCCUGAUCACCUUUGUCAGUGACAAUAGUGUCUUACACAGGCUGAUUAGUGGAGUAAUGACCAGCAAAGAAAUUAUAUUGGGACUUUGCUUGUUAUCACUAGUUCUAUCCAUGAUUUUGAUGGUGAUAAUCAGGUAUAUAUCAAGAGUGCUUGUGUGGAUCGUAACAAUUCUGGUCAUACUGGGUUCACUUGGCGGCACAGGUGUACUGUGGUGGCUGUAUGCAAAGCAAAGAAAGUCUCCCAAAGAAACAGUUAUUCCUGAACAGCUUCAGAUAGCUGAAGACAAUCUUCGAGCCCUCCUCAUCUACGCCAUUGCAGCUACAGUGUUCACAGUUAUCCUGUUCCUGAUCAUGUUGUUCAUGCGCAAACGUGUCGCUCUCACCAUCGCCUUGUUCCACGUGGCUGGCAAAGUCUUCAUUCACCUGCCAUUGCUGGUCUUCCAGCCCUUUUGGACUUUCUUCGCCCUUGUCCUGUUUUGGGUGUACUGGAUCAUGACCCUUCUUUUCCUCGGCACCACUGGCAGCGCUGUGAAGAAUGAGCAGGGCUUCGUGGAGUUCCGGCUGUCGGGACCCCUGCAGUACAUGUGGUGGUACCACGUGGUGGGCCUGAUUUGGAUCAGCGAGUUCAUUCUGGCUUGCCAGCAGAUGACGGUGGCGGGAGCCGUGGUGACGUACUAUUUUACUAGGGAUAAAAGGAAUUUGCCAUUUACACCUAUUUUGGCAUCAGUGAAUCGCCUUAUUCGUUAUCACCUUGGUACUGUGGCCAAAGGAUCUUUCAUCAUCACCUUAGUCAAAAUUCCACGGAUGAUCCUUAUGUAUAUUCACAGUCAGCUGAAAGGAAAGGAAAAUGCCUGUGCUCGGUGUGUGCUGAAGUCCUGCAUUUGUUGCCUUUGGUGUCUUGAAAAGUGCCUAAAUUACUUAAAUCAGAAUGCAUACACAGCCACAGCUAUCAACAGCACCAACUUCUGCACCUCUGCAAAGGACGCCUUUGUCAUUCUCGUGGAGAAUGCUUUGCGAGUGGCCGCCAUCAACACAGUGGGGGAUUUCAUGUUAUUCCUAGGCAAGGUGCUGAUAGUCUGCAGCACAGGUUUGGCUGGGAUUAUGCUGCUCAACCACCAGCAAGAUUACACAGUCUGGGUGCUGCCUCUGAUCAUCGUCUGCCUCUUUGCUUUCCUAGUCGCUCAUUGCUUCCUGUCCAUUUAUGAAAUGGUAGUGGAUGUAUUGUUCUUGUGUUUUGCCAUCGAUACAAAAUACAAUGAUGGGAGCCCUGGCCGAGAAUUCUAUAUGGAUAAAGUACUGAUGGAGUUUGUGGAAAACAGUAGGAAAGCAAUGAAAGAAGCUGGCAAGGGAGGCGUGGCCGACGCCAGAGAGCUAAAACCGAUGGUAGGUGGAGAUGAGGAGGCGGCCGCCCUCCAAGAAUUUCACUUUCACUUCCUCUCUCUCUCUGUCUUCACUGACUGCACUUCUUCCGGAGAAGCUUUUGUUGUCUGUAUCACGCAGGACGUGCUGCUCUUUCUGUUUGUGUGUUUACCCAUCAAUUGGAUGGCUGAAUUUUUAUCACAGUUGAAACCACCUUCUGUAAAAGUAAGCUGAAAGGAACACAGCAUUGUCACAAGGCAGAGUGGUCAUGGCAGCGAAGGGGAUAUUCUUGUCCCUAAGGUGAAAUUGCUGGGUUUUUUUUUUUUUCUUUUUGACUGUCAGUGGCUAGUUUUCAUUGGGCUGAAUGUCUGGCUGUGUGUUUAAACUGACGGUUUGAUUCUUAUCAUUUGGAAGGUGAUAAUGGCAAUUCCUUUCAACUUGCUAAAAUCCAUAUUCCCUCAUUUUUAAACAUUGGUUUGUUUAUGUUGCUGUCUUCUCCCCUUUGCUGACUUUUUCUUUUGUUGCCUGGAUUGUACUUUCUUUGUUUCUUAAGCUAUUUUUCAGUAGCAAACAAAUCUGUUUUCAUCAACACCCACAUUUCCCACUAAAUAAGACAGCCUGGUCUUCACCACCCUCAGCUGGAUUGUAAGAAGGAUAAAUUACCUCUGGUCAGUGAUGCAUAUAUUCCACUUUUAUUCAAAAAAAAAAAAAGCAACUUCUCAGUGUAGGAGAAUCCGGAGCUGCUUUUCCCAUAGAUGCCUCAUCACCACCUAACAACAGAUGUCUCUAACAUAUAUUCAUCUAAUUACUACUUAUUUUAUGAAUGUAUUAUUUUUAAGUGGCAUGUUUAUUUCAAAAUAUUCUAUCAUUGCUUAUAUCUGUAAACAGUUCAUUUUAAAUACUGCAACUUCUAAUUGCAUAUCAUGUCCAAAGUAUAAGGUAAAGACUUUCUCUUCUUCUUUACACUAUAACAAAUGGUUUGAUUCAUCAUUUUCCAACUUAAGAAAUAUAGAGAACUAGCCCACUGAAGUUUUUAAGAGUAAAGGAAAUGGGUUCCAUUAAGGGGAGUGAGAGAGACCAUAAAUGUAUAUGGAAAAUAACUGCAGAACCAACUUAAAUUAGAGUCUCAGCAGAAUGUCCAGACAGAAACCCUUUCCUUUGUAAACCCGUUCAGUACAUAUAUUGCUGGUGCUCUUAAUAGUUUUGAUGAUAAUAAAGUAAAAUAUCAAUGUUCAGAUUCCCAAAGCACAGAUCACUCUAAUCAUAAGUAAAAAGAUGUAGACAAUGGUAUGGCCCUUAGUUUAAUGUGUGCAUUAGCUGGAACUGGAUUGGGUGGGCAAGGGACGCCAUUCAGCAGUCCCUCCUGUCAGGUGCCUUGCCUCCUCCCCCUUCUUUCUGAACCUGUCUUACGUCAUGCAGGCCAGGGUGGCAGCGUUGAGGGUUUCCAUGCCCUACAGUGGCAUGGAAAAGUGAGGAAGACUCCUUUCUUGCUGCUGCUUCGUUGUCUUAAUUAUUCAGGAACUCAGGUUCCAAGCCUGAGACUUAGAAAGGAUAUAGAAAAUCUUAAAAUGUAAACCAUCUUUUCCCCCCUUUUCUUUCUGUCUAGUGGUGGAAGCUUUCAUUAAAUUAUUGCGCAGUAAUAUGCAUUUAAAGGAAGGGAGAACUAUUUGGAGAUUUAGGACUCACUAGUUUGACCACGAAUUGGCAUGUAGUUCUGUAUUCUUAAGGCAAAGGCAAAUGUAUUGUGGUAGACCAGAAUGAAGUGUACCUUCUCUUACCUAAACCCCCAAUUCAUAAUUAACACUAGGAGAAUUGCCCAGGUUAUGUGGCAUUUUACCAGAAGCCAUGCAAUUUAGAAAGAUUUUAUCCUAAUAUUGCUUUCCCUUAACUCAAACAAUGCAUUAAAAUCUUCAUUCAGUCUUCAGUUUAAUGUCUUUGUUAUUCAUCAGUUCAUUGCUUGGCAAUGAACGGCAAGUCCCAAAUACCUCUUCUGUGUGCAUUUUUCUUCUGGAGCUUUGGACAUGGAGCAUUUGGUACCUAAGAAUAAUGUUUUUUAAGGGGUUAAAAAACUCUUUAGGAGAGAAGAGUGAAAUGUUGCUCAGAGGGUAGUUAAAAUUUUUAAGCACAUGGUCCCUCUAAUUCUUAUCUCUUUUCUACAGUAUGCAUGGUAAGAGUUGACCCCUACUAUUGUGUAUGUGUCCCUAAAGAAUUACCUGAGAAACUUCCCCCUAAAGUUUGGGAAUUGGUAGGAUUCAUAUUGCUUCUUUGUAUUUGCUCGGUCCAAGUCACGUUAUUCCCAUAGAUGAAAGUUCUUUAAAGCAUGUCAUACCUAGUUUGCCGUAUCUGUAGAGACACUACUGUUUGAAUUCGCCGUCUGCCUUCCUCCUCAAUGGAAUAUUUUAAUUUAGGGUUUAUUUUUAGCCUAUAAAAUAAUGUUCAGGAAAAUGAGGUUUUACAUUUUCCUUUUGACAGGGGGAUCAUUGAACUGGAUAUAAAUAUUCCCAGUUCUCCUCUUGGACAUUUUUUUUUGAUAGAUUCUACUAGUUAAGGAAACUUUAAAGGUUUGUGAGGCCUCUCUGCAAAUGUUUGAAGAUGAUUUAGAAAAAUUUACCAAAUGUGAUAUAGAGGUUUAAGAAAGAGACAUCUGGCCACCUGCUUAUACAGGAGAAAAAUCUACAGAGGAAAGGGAGGAAAACCCUGGCCACUAUAGCGUCUUAGACCAGAGAAGUAUUCUCUGCGUAUCUCGAAGGUUAUCCAACCAGCAAUGUGAUUGCCACCGUCCACACAAAUUCCAGCCCCUGCAAAUAGUUUCAGGGGAGAAGGAUUCUCAGUUCAUUUCGCGUUGUUGCUGUUUGUGACUGUCCCUCAGUGUAUUUGUAACGUCAUGCAUAAUCUCCUUCUAAUGGUAAUUGUCUAAGAUUAUACUCUGUA